CCGCUCUGAGCCUCACCGGCCGAUCUGCUGCCGAAGCUCCGGCGCUGGCCGGAGCCGUGUCGGCGGCGGGGGCGGCGCGGGGCCGGGCCGGGCCGCCGGGCUGGGCUGCCGGUCCCUCCUCCCCGAUCCCCCGCCGCACCCCCUUCGCUCCCUCCGUUCCCUCCCGUUCCCUCCCCGCCUCCCUGCGCAGCGCGAACAUGGCGGCGGCGGCGGCGGCGAGGGACUGAGCAGCGCCAGCGCUCGGCGGCCGCGCAGGUUUUGCUAUGCCGCAGUGUUUGUACUGACUCUGCUGUCUUGUAGGAGUGAUGGGGAACUAGAGCCCAUGACAGUUCAGUGGAGCCCUUGGCACUUUUGAUAUCUCGACAUCUUCAGCUCUGUAAGAGCAGCCCAGUCCCAGGAUAAGGACAGCAGCAGGUGGUAGAAUGCGGAAACCAGGCCCUCAGAAAGCCAUAGACUGGAAAGAUGGUAAAAAGCACAAGCACAGCCGCCCGUCAGAGUCUCCCUCCCAGUACCAAGGUCACUUCACCUGGGAGAAGUACCUGAAAGAGACAUGUGCCAUCCCAGCUCCUGCCCAUUGUUUCAAGCAGUCCUACACUCCACCUGCAAACGAGUUCAAGAUCAGUAUGAAGCUGGAGGCACAGGACCCCCGGAACACCACGUCCACCUGCAUCGCCACCGUGGUGGGGCUGACGGGCGCCCGCCUGCGCCUGCGCCUCGAUGGCAGCGACAACAAGAACGACUUCUGGAGGCUGGUGGACUCUGCUGAGAUCCAGCCCAUUGGGAACUGUGAGAAGAAUGGAGGGAUGCUGCAGCCUCCACUGGGCUUCCGGCUGAAUGCCUCCUCCUGGCCCAUGUUCCUUCUGAAGACUCUGAAUGGAGCAGAGAUGGCUCCUGUCCGGAUUUUUCACAAGGAACCGCCAUCUCCUUCCCAAAACUUCUUCAAGACAGGUAUGAAGCUGGAGGCAGUGGAUAGGAAGAACCCUCACUUCAUCUGCCCGGCCACCAUUGGGGAGGUGAGAGGUUCUGAGGUCCUCAUAACAUUUGAUGGCUGGAGAGGUGCCUUCGAUUACUGGUGCCGAUAUGAUUCCCGGGACAUCUUUCCCGUAGGCUGGUGUUCGCUGACUGGAGAUAAUCUGCAGCCCCCUGGUACAAAAGUUGUGAUUCCAAAGAGCCCUUUACCUGCCUCCGAAGUAAACUCGGAGAAACCUAGCAUGCACAGUAGCACAAAGACUGUUUUGGGGCAUCAACAAGGGCAAAGGCGUCGCAAAACAGGGAAGAAGCGUGGUCGAACGACCAAAGCGCUAAUCCAUCACCCCAUGCCUACACCCUCCAAGUCAGUGGAGCCUUUGAAAUUCCCCAGAAAGAGAGGCCCCAAGCCUGGCAGUAAGAGGAAACCUAGGACAUUGCUGAACCCAGCACCCACCUCUCCAACCACCAGUACCCCAGAGCCAGACACAAGCACUGUGCCCCAGGACGCUGCUACAAUCCCCAGCUCUGCCAUGCAGGCUCCCACAGUUUGCAUUUACUUGAACAAGAACGGCAGCACUGGGCCCCACCUAGACAAGAAGAAAGUUCAGCAGCUGCCAGACCAUUUUGGACCAGCUCGAGCUUCUGUUGUCCUGCAGCAAGCAGUACAGGCCUGCAUUGAUUGCGCUUAUCAUCAGAAAACAGUCUUCUCCUUCUUAAAGCAAGGCCACGGGGGAGAGGUCAUCUCAGCUGUGUUUGAUCGAGAACAGCACACUCUGAACCUGCCAGCAGUAAACAGUAUCACCUACGUCCUCCGCUUCCUGGAGAAGCUGUGCCACAAUCUGCGCAGUGACAACCUCUUUGGGAACCAGCCUUUCACUCAGAACAGCCACAUGCAGCGCUCACACGAGUACGACCACGACAGGUAUCUACCAGACAGAAGCAGUUCGUUAGACGGCUCUCUGCAGGGACCAGGCCGGGGUACAAAGCGCUAUUCCCAAGAUUCCCCUCCAUACAGUGCUCCUCUCUCCCCCAAGUUACCAAAGAAUGACCGUCACCCUUUGGAAGGUGAAACCUUUGUCCUGGCAGAUGGCCUCCCAGGGCCCUUAGAGCCUCGCCUGGACCCCAUGGACUCUGCCUUGAACUCUGUCAAUUCAUCCAGCCACAGCAGGAGCUCCAGAGACUAUCGCCUGCCAGGAUACAGGCACCUGCACCAGCCCUCUAGCCUCAGCCAGGGCAGCACCUCUGCCCUGCGCAGGCUUAGCUCUGGGGGCUCGGACAGGUACCUCAGCUCCCGGGACACCUCCCGGCUCAGCAGCCGCGACCCCUCGUCCUGGACGGUGGAGGAGGUGAUGCAGUUCAUCCGUGAGUCAGACCCACAGCUGGGCCCCCACGCUGACCUCUUCAGAAAACAUGAGAUCGACGGGAAAGCCCUGCUCUUGCUGCGGAGUGACAUGAUGAUGAAGUACAUGGGGCUGAAGCUGGGGCCAGCCCUGAAGCUCACUUACCACAUCGACAAGCUAAAGCAAGGCAAGUUCUGAGAGGACUGCUGGCCGGAUGGAUCCUGGAAGCUCCGCUCCCGGCUGUCCCCACCCGCGCUCACCUGCCGACAGGUUCGCAUGCACACACCCCUCCUGCCGCCGACCCGACGGACACUCCCGUGCCCCCGGGGCCCGGCCAGGCCCCGGCAGCGCUCAGGAGGAGCCGGGCACAGCUGGGCUUUGCCCCAGACUCGAGCUGUGGGUGUUGGAGCGUCUCUUGCCAGCUCUCCUCCCUGGGCUCACGGUGCUGCUCCCCCGGCUGGAGCAGCGCUGCAGGCGGUGCCCGUGGGGAUGGGGUGUUUGCCUCGGCUCCUCCUGCUCCAGCCGUGCCUGCUGGGGCAGCCCCUGGCACUGAGCCUGCCCAGCCUCGAGGGGCUCGGUGCCCCCAGCCUGCCCUCAGCCCUGUGCCAGCAGCUCGGAGCACGGAGCACCCAGCCCUGUCUUCCACACUGGGGGAGCCCAUGCGCCCGGCUCUGCCUGCCCCAGCUCCUGCCCCGGCCCCAGCCGGCCACACCGGGCCGGCCAUGGAAGGUUCAUGUUUGUUCCAGGCUGGGGAGGCCGUGUGGGAGCAAGCUGGGAGAGCUGAGGAGUGGGACUGGCCUGGCAUGGCCCUGGGCUGGUGUUGGACACUGCCUGGAUGCUGCAAGACUCAGCUGAUCCUUCCCACCUAUUUUUUUUUUUAAUUUUGGUGGUUUGUUUUUUUUUGGAAGUUUUUUUUUUUACUAAGGAGUUGUCUGUUUGAAACAAUGAGAUGAUUUUUCUACCUGUGUUGAACUUGCAACUCUUGGUGAUUUUUAGCCAGAGCUGCUAAGGUUUGUCUUCCCAGGGGCCCUCCUGCUCCUCUAGAGUUUUGGUCUGUCCCUGCUCAGCGUGUGCGAGGUUUUGGGUCUGGUCUUUGCCCUUCCCAGGGCACCUGUUGGUCUCAGGCAGUUUAAUGUAUUUAUUUUUGAUGGCACUUGAGCGGUUCCCGUUGUCCCAGACACGUUUCUGCAGCUGCACGAGGAAUGUUGGGAGCAGAGCCAGCAGCUGUGCCCUGGACAGCAGCUGCAGCUCGGGGCUGCCCAGACCCCGGAGCAUCACCAGCACCAGCCUGGCCUGAGCUGGGACAGGACAGGGCUGUCCCCAGUGUGUGCCCACACACACACACACACACACACUCACACGCUUCCUCUGCAGUGACCAAAGGGCUGGGACAGAAUCUCCACUCCAAGCACUUCCUUCUCCUGUCCUCAGCUCACCCUCUGCAUCCGGAGCCGCAGCUCACCCCCUCCCCUGCAGCCUCGAGGGCCUGGCCAGCAGCAGGACGUGGUGACCAACCCUCCAGGCUCUUGCACUGAGUCAGGUUUACCCCUAAGGGGCAAAGUUGCAAAAAAAAAAAAUAAAAAAAAUACCCCAAACCGCAAAGUAAUAAAAAGGCAAAUGGCUUUUUGUCCUAUAGCGCAGCCUGUGCUGCCAGCCCGGGGCUGGGGGCUCUGGGGGCUCACAGAGCCCCUCAUUGAGCACAGCCUGGGGCUGGGGGCUCUGGCUGCUCACAGAGCCCCUCAUUGAGCACAGCCUGGGGUUGGGGGCUCUGGCUGCUCACAGAGCCCCUCAUUGAGCACAGCCCAGGGCUGGGGGCUCUGGCUGCUCACAGAGCCCCUCACUCACAGCACAGCCCAGGGCUGGGGGCUCUGGGGGCUCACAGAGCCCCUCAUUGAGCUCAGGCUGGGGCUGGGGGCUCUGGCUGCUCAGAGCCCCUCAUUGAGCACAGCCCGGGGCUGGGGGCUGUGGGGGCUCAGAGCCCCUCACUCACAGCACAGCCCAGGGCUGGGGGCUCUGGCUGCUCACAGAGCCCCUCAUUGAGCACAGCCCAGGGCUGGGGGCUCUGGGGGCUCACAGAGCCCCUCACUCACAGCACAGCCCAGGGCUGGGGGCUCACAGAGCCCCUCAUUGAGCUCAGGCUGGGGCUGGGGGCUCUGGCUGCUCAGAGCCCCUCACUCACAGCACGGCCCCGGAGCCCCCAGCCUGAGCCGGCCCCGCUGCAGCCAGGCCCCGGCAGGGUCAGCCAGUGCUUUCCUCUGCACUUAUUUUACGUUGAUUUGUUUAUAAAUAAAAGGAUACCAAGUUCCUCUCUGCUGUUUGUGCACUGAGCUGGGGCUGAGCCCUGGCUGGGGGGGAGCACAGGGAUGGGCAGUGGAUGCUGCCCCAGGACUGAGCCCUGGAGUGACCCCCGGGCACAGCAGCUCAAGGUGGGCACCAAAGCAGAGCUCCCCAUCCCACUGGGGUGCAGCACCCCAGCCCCAGCAGGCCCAGGGCAAACCCUGGGGUUGGAGAGCAGGAACAGCCCAGUCCUGCCUGGGCUGGGCACCUGGGGGUGCUGAGUCCUGGCCCUGGUCCCAGUUCUGCCCCCCUCUCCCAUGAGGAGCUGGAAGUUGGGAGCAGCCAGGGCCCAGCAGGGAGCAGGGGACAGCCCAGCCCCAGUGCUGGAGGGUCAAAGGGGACAGCACUUCCCUCUCCUCACAGGCAGUGGGGACAGGAAGCACUCAGGAGCUCCCAGGACUUGUCCCAGGAGCUGUUCUGAACCCAGAGCCAGGGCUGAGGCUGCUCUGGGGAGAGCAGUGGUGGCAGUGACAGCCCCACAGCACCCCAGGGAUACAGCUCUGACCAUGGGCCUGGUCCUGCACAUCCUGCACCGGGCAAGAAACACUCCCUGCUGUGGGGAAGGGGGGUUGGACAAACCCCUCUGGGGCAGCUCAAAGCCACUGGAACCAUUUUCUGCCCUGCAAACCCUGCAGGCUCAGCCCAGCUUCCCCAGGUUUCUCCACUGCUGGAAGGAAGCUCCGUAACUUCAGACUCUGGAGCUGUGUCUAAACCCUCUGUGAAUACAGCUCACAAGUUUUUGCUUGCUUAGAGAUGAUUGAUUCAGGAUUGGGCAGUUUUGUGCUCCAGUCCUUUCCUUCCCUCCCUCCAAGCAGGCAGGAACAGAACAAGCUCAGGACUCCUUACACAAUUUGUUAAAAAUGAGCAUUUAAUGACAGAGUCAGUUGCACAGUUUUGCCCAAAACAAACAUUUCAGAAUUAAAAAACACAGGAUCUCAUCGUGCCCCAGGAGCAGCCAGGCCAGGACAAGACUGGGCAGUAGCAGAGCACUGCAACUCCCUAAUUCCUGCACAACAGCUGGAAUUGUCACACGAGGAAUGCUCCAAGCUCUCCAGGCUCACAGCAGCUUCACAGGGAAUAUUUAAAACUGAGGACUAAAGCAAGGGGGGGCUGGGGAGAUCACUGAGGAGGGACAGGACAGGGUUUGGUUCCACGGCUCAGCCAGGUCUGACCGUGCUCUCUCCCCAAACUCCAGGGAGCUGCUGAAGUCUGAGUGUGCAGAAUCAAACAGAGACAGACAGACAGACAGACUGACUGACUUCCUUUCCUCAGUCACCAAAGGCCACACAGGCUGUUCCAUGGCAGCAGCUCAGCCCCCUCAGCACUGCCCACCACCCAAGGCAGGUAAGAGCGAGGGGAGGGUGAGCAGGAACAGCUCCCUGCAGGAGCACAGGACACACAAACCCAACGUGGACAAAAAGGCAACAAAAGGCUCCACUUCAAAUCCAUGAAAAAGCACCAGGAGCUGCUGUGCCCCAGGCCAGGGACACAGUUCAAGGCAGCAGUGGAAGUGGUUCAGUGGUUCUCUCUGUUCUCACCUCCCCCUUGAUGCAAGGGGUCGGAGUUUCCCAGCUCCAGGAGCGCUGGCACGGGGAGGGCUCACAGCACCCCUCGGGUCAGGGUUUCCCUGGCAGCUUUGUUCUCCUGAUCCCAGUUAAUCACAUCCCUGCAGUGACACAGAGCCUGUUCCACAGUAACACUGUUCCAGGAAGAUCUUCCUGGUUACAAAUUCAUAAUGGCAAUGAAUGCACCAAGAGCACCGGUGCCAAAGGUUUGCAAAUGCUACUGAAAAAAAAAAAUAAACCAAAAAUCAUCCCUUUUCCCUGAAAAAAAAUAAAAUACCCAAACCAAGAAGGCUGCAUGAAACUGCCAGAG